AUGCUGUCCUUCCUUGUCGCAAACAAGGUCGAUUUCAAGCCUGACAUAUCGGGCAAGUUCUCUGCGGUUGUGAAGGUUGUCAGACCUGAGGCCACCAGUCCAGCUGCAUCACCUUCGCUUGGAGCUGAUAAAGCCGCCGAUCAGAUCAACAUGGCCGGCUGGGUGCCCAGCGCCAGCAGCACUCCAAGCACUUCUGCACGGACAGAGGAAACCCCUGGCGCUGGCAAAGGGACGAGCCUGACAGCAGUGCAAAGCGAGCUGAAGAAAAGGUUUCCGACCUUCACCGGCCUGCUGCCUGCCCUUGGCCAACAUCCCAAGACCAUGACGAAGGCGGAGCUCCUGAGCUUCAUCGAAGAAGUCUACACUGCGCGGUACAAUCAGGACCUCCUCCAGAUUCAGCAGCACGCUGAAGCAGAGGCCUUUCACCGUAGGUUUGAGGAUUCUGGGCUUUUUCUGGAACACCCCAAAAACCGGAAGUCCGAGGCUGUGGGAGUGCAGAAAAAGAAGAAGCCGGCGCCUCGAGCCUCUGUCCACCCAAAGUUCCGCCUCGGUGUCUGUCCGUCCGAGGCUGCCAAGCGACUUGACCUCCUUCCCUCAGCCCGGCCCCAAGCCCAUGGUGGAGACACGCGAAGACAGCCAAGUAACCAGUGGCACGGUGCAUGCUGCGAGUAA